UAUUUCUUCGUUUCGUGCACUCGUUUUUCUACUGGUGUUUUUUUCUCUGUUUCCUUCGUCCACUUGCUUUUUGGUUCUCAUAUUCAUUCUCAUUGUCUUUUUCACAGGUCCCGUUUACCCCCAGUGACAGCAGAUAAUCGCACUCAGGGAAACUACAUCUUGUAUCUGUCAGAGUCAGUAUACGCCGGUGGAUACAAGUUUACUUACUUCCAUCGUUCUGUUGUAGUGGAACAAGCAACCGCUAUUGAUACUUCACCCAAAUCAUAAUAUGUAGUGCAUAUCAUUGUAUUUUUUGAUUCUAACAUCAGUACAGUGGUGGAAACGCGGUUCUUGCGCUUUGUUGUCAAAAAUGACGCAGAUGACGCUCCUCCAGCGCCAACACCGCCGCGUGGGAACACACGUAAACGACCAUAAGAGUCGUGCCGCCAACAUUGCGUUGCUCGUCUGUAGUUUCGGCUCUCCGAGUUGUCAACCAGCUGCGGCCUUGCAAACGGAAGGGAGAAGGCUAAGAACUACAGCAACACCAGCGGUCGGGAAAAAAGAUGACGACCAGCAAAUGAUAGGCACGGAGAACAAGAACGCGGCAUCCACGUCCCCCUUCUCCUUGCUCCGUCGCAGGAAACAUCUGCUCAACAAGAAUACCAAAUUUGCCUCCUCGACUGACAACACCCCGUCAGAAGUGUCAGCCCCGUGCGACGGCUCGUCCUUUUGCGUCGGUCAACGCCUUGCAGUUGAUGUACCGGACGUAAAAACAUUAACAAGGACCACCAAUUCCAAUUCGCAGCAAUAUGGUGGCGCUAGUAAUACUACAAAUCCCAACCAAGGUCUCCUGUCCGCGACAGAAGAGCUUGCGACUUCUACGCAGAGUGCCUACGCCGGAAUCCCUAGUCGCUACACGCUCGCGCUCGACUGUCCUGGGUCGGACCGGGAGAAAUUUUUGAAUUGCUUCCUCCCCUACAAGGACAGAGAUCCGACGGAAGGCAAUGUGGACUACCUGCGGGGCUGGGACGAGUUUCGGAACGAGCUGAUCACCGUCCAGGCAAACCCGACCAACCCGGCGAAGAAGCAGAUCAGUAUCGAUUUCAAAACCGGCGCAUUGAACGGCGCCGACAAUCGCCCGGCGAUCCGGCUCCACUCGAAACUGGGAUUCGAGUAUGGGUCGCUGUUUGUCGUCGAUGUGGAGCGCAUGCCCGCGCUGGACGGGGUGUGGCCGGCGUACUGGACCUGCCACAAGGGUGGUGUGAUGGGUGGCAAUUGGUAUGGGACCGACCACGCGUAUUGGCCGGGGUCCGGGGAAUUUGACCUGAUGGAGCACGUCCACGGCUGGGGCAUGGACCAGAUGCGCACCACACUGCACACAGACUUCGAGCAAAAGUGCGAAGUGUCGAUGGAUACCGGCAGUCCGGGCAACCUCGGGCCGGCCGGACGGGAUCUUAAGCUGAAGCGCGGCAACUGCGAGGGCUAUGAUGGAUGCGGGGUUGACGCGAAUCAGGUUCCGAACGGGCGCGGGUUCAACAUUGCACGCGGUGGGUUGCACAUCAUGGCUGUCGAGGAAGAUGCGGUUAAAUUCUGGUGGGUGCCGCGCGACCAGGUCACCGAUGCAAAUUUCCCAGAUGCGGACACGGCGCAGGGUGCGUUCUGGGAGCAGAAGCUGCAGCAAAUCCAACCCUACGUGGUGUUCCCGCUGAAUGACCAGAACUGUCCCGCGCGUGCGCUCUUCAAGACCCAAACCUUCAUCAUCAACACCACGUUUUGCGGCGCCUGGGCGGGCGCGGUGUAUCAGCGCGGCGAAAAAGCUGGAUGUGAGGCGCUCGUGCGGAGUGAUAUGUACGGAAAGCGGGGGCAGAAGAACGAAAAGGGUGAGGACCUGUGGGACCAGGAAGGUGGCAUCGGCACGAAUUUUGUGUUCAAUUCUAUCAAAAUGUUCGCGAAAGAUGGCAACAGCCCAGCCUGGGAUCUUUCCAAGCCGUUGCGCUAGGAGACGAGGUGGAGAAACGUACAUUGAGACUCUUUUUUUUUGCAUUACCCCCUCCGACCGCUCGCCGGUGCUUUAACUCCAUCUGUAAAUGUACGAUCCUCAGUGUUGCUGUUGUUGCCGUGAUCUUCAUCUUUUUACUAUAUUCGAAUGCUUGUAAAUUGUUGGUCAUGUGAUCUAAACCCUACCUCCGCGCAAGACUGAAGCUUCUAUGAGAUCCCGAAAUGCCUGCUCUCCAAAUGCAAAUGAUGAAGAAUUUGAGCAAGUCGGGCUCUCUUGGUUCGGAUUUUAUCAAGGACCGGCGACCCUGGUAAAAUCUUUACCAGGGACCCGGGUCCCAGAUGAAAUCCCUACGCAGGCUCCCACGGUACCGAUUUGACCGAUCCCAGAAUGGUCCAGAUCCUAGCCAAAUCCUGGCUGAUGACUUUAUGCAUCGAGGACCGUCGUCCUAGAUCAAAACUUUAUCAAGGAGCUCCGACCUAGAUAAAAACUUUACCAGGGACCUCCGUCCCUGAUAAAAUCGCGCCCAUACAGAGUGGGAAGUAGGUCCCAGAAUGGCUAGAGAUCUGGAGCCUCAGAGCCUGUGAUGAGUGGAGUGAUGUCUAUGAUGAACCUUGAUUGCUGAAUCUUUACAGGAUGCAACGCAGCCAGAGGCUUUCGCCCUGUCUGCUGAGAGAUUGGAGCGCUUUAACGUGUUAGAGACCUCUCGAAGGUAGAAGCUUUGGUCACUCAGUGUGGCAGGUGUGUUCAAAGUCCAGCAUAAGCAGCGUUGUGCUAUUUUUUUUUUUUCGAUUUUUACAAUUUAAACGAUUGUGAUAUCGCUCUUUCGAAACAAGCCCAUGCCCAACUACAACUUCCACCCCGACGCAUAGCAAAUUCUGAUCACAAGCAAGACGCUUCCCCAGCUUGCUCCCCCCCUUCCUGCAAGCGCAUCAAUAUCCAAGAUGUGAGUUUACUAUUUUUGGAACGGUGCGACGUAAAAGAAAAAGUGUAAAUGCAC